GGCGAAAGAAGCCAACGCCCUGAAAGAAACGCCCCGCAAUAGCUCGCAAAAGACGACCCGGCGCCGAUUAUAACUACACUUCCCUGCGGCAGACAACGAAAUUCUUCUCGAACGAAAACAAGACCAUCUUGACCGACCUUCAGUACCGCGAACAUGAGGCCUAUCUUGUUGGCGGGCCACGAACGUGCCCUGACCCAGAUCAGAUACAACCCCGACGGCGACCUUAUCUUCUCAGUCUCGAAGGAUCAACAAAUUUGCGUGUGGUUCGCGCACAACGGCGAGCGGCUCGGGACGUAUCGCGGCCACCAGGGUGCCAUCUGGACCAUCGAUGUCGACCCCACAUCCACCAUCCUCGCUUCAGGGUCUGCCGACAACACAAUCCGCCUUUGGGACAUCAAGACGGGCAAGUGCCUAAAGACAUGGGACUUCCCAACGGCCGUCAAGCGGGUUGAGUUCAGCGAGGAUGGCACCAAGCUGCUGGGCGUAACAGAAAAGCGCAUGGGGCACCUGGGCACGAUUGUGGUGCUGGACAUCGAGAUCGACGUGGAGGCGGAGCAGAGCGAUGAGAAGGUCCUGACCAUCGUGUGCGACGAGAGCAAGGCCACGGUCGCGGGGUGGAGCUACCUGAGCAAGUACAUCAUCGCUGGCCACGAGGACGGCUCCGUUUCCCAAUACGACGGCAAGACGGGUGACCUGCUGUACAACAUCCCUAUCCACGAGCUGAACCAGCCCAUCACGGAUCUGCAGUGGUCCCAGGACAGGACUUACUUCAUCACUGCGUCAAAAGACAAGACUGCCAAGCUCAUCUCCGCCAAGGACCUCGAAGUGCUCAAGAACUACACCGCCGACACACCCCUCAACAGCGCCGUCAUCACGCCGAAGAAGGAAUUCGUCAUCCUCGGCGGUGGCCAGGCCGCCAUGGACGUCACGACCACGGCCGCCCGGCAGGGCAAGUUCGAGGCCCGCUUCUACCACAAGAUCUUCGAGGACGAGAUCGGGCGCGUGCGCGGCCACUUCGGCCCGCUCAACACGGUCGCCGCCGACCCGACGGGCAAGGGCUACGCCAGCGGCGGAGAGGACGGCUACGUGCGCGUGCACGCCUUCGACAAGGGGUACUACGACUUCAUGUACGAGGUCGAGAGGGAGAGGCAGAACAGGCUGGCGGCGGCGGCCAAUGCUUGAGGUUUCUGGUGGGGCUGGAGGGCGGUGGUUCGGCAUUUACAAAUGGCGUUCAGGGACACGAACUUAGGGCGGCGGAUCGAGGUGGAAGGAGAAGGGAUACACCCUUUCUUUGACUUUGGAAGAAAAAGUUGGUUCUUCGCCCAGGUAGUGUGGUUUGCUAGUGUAGCUCGGUCCUGCGCGCCUCCUCAGAUGGGAUGCGGAUACCCUACAUUGGCCUGUCUUUUCAGCUGUCCCGGUCCCUGUUCUUGCCCCGUCGUUGAAGUUGGAGACGCACUUGCUAGAGCUUGAACCAACGCCUCCCACACGGGAGAAGCGAGAGGCAUAU